AUUGAUGGAACAGCCCGCAGAUGAUGGAACAGCCGGUGUCAACUGGGAUGCGACUGGCAGCCAACACUUUGCCCCGCACGCGCAAUGCUCGUGCCCUGCACGCGCUACCCGUGUCCUGCACGUGCGCUGCCCGCAGUACCUGUCUUAUUGAACCCGUCUGUUGUGCGUUCCGUUGUCGUGUGCACGUGGCUCGUGCUGGCGUGGACUGUGGUGACUGAGGUGGACGGCCAUGGCUACAUGCUAGUACCCCCUGGACGGUCAACAGCCUGGAGAAUUAGCCUGGUGAACUUCCACGUCAACUACAACGACAACGCAAACUACUGCGGUGGCCGAGCUACACAGCACGACAUCAACAACGGCAGCUGCGGUAUCUGCGGCGACGACUUCAGGACUCCUGUCCCACGUGAUAACGAAAGGGGCGGGUUCUACUCAACUGGGAACAUCGUUCAGGAGUACGCCCAAGGUGACGUGAUCGAGGUCGCUAUCGUCAUCACUGCCAACCACAGGGGAAAGUUCUUCUUCGACAUCUUCCCCACCAACGACCCCAACCAGCCGGAGCAGGAGGACUUGUUUCAGCCGCUGUACAAUGCAGACACCGGGACGACGUACUACGACGUUCCUGACGAUGCUGCAAGGACAUUCACCGUUAAGCUCAAACUACCAGACAACAUGCUGUGUAGCAACUGUGUGCUUCGCUGGAAAUACGUUGCUGGUAACAGCUGGGGCUGCAACAGCCCGGACGAUUGCUGUUUGGGCUGUGGCAAUCAACAGGAACAGUUCUACUCAUGCGCUGACGUCAUGGUCACAGAAGAUGGAACAACGGGUAUACCACCAUGGGUUGAACUGAAUAAAAACUCAUCAUCUGCCACUGAAGCAACUUCUUCAUCAACCAUUCCUACAACCACGACCCUUAAACCCACAACCACUACCCCUAAACCAACUACCUCUAAACCAAACACUACCGCUAAACCUACAACCACCACCACUACCAUUGCCCCGAAACCUACAGUUGCCACGCCUAAACCUACAACCACUACCCGUAGACCGACAACCACUACUCUUAAACCCACAACUAUUACACGGACACCAACAACCACUACCCGCAGGCCAACAACCACGACUACUACAACAACGACUACCAGCACGGCGGCUAAUCCUCAGCGAUUGACGACAAAGCUACCACUGUCUUGUUCAGCUUACUGUUUCGCUGUCUGUAAACCAAAUCGUGUAUCCAUAUUCUGCUACAAACAGCUUUGUGAAAAGUGCCCGGCGUAUAAAAACAUAUUGAAUAAAUGAUAUACAUGCUUUA